AUGGCCGAAGUCCUCGGUUCCAUCGCCGCCGCUGUCCAGCUGGUCGAGUGUGGCAACAAGGGGUAUCAACGCUUCAAGCGGGUGCGCAAGGCUCCACGGCACCUGGCAGCACAGCUCGAAGAUGUUCUCAACAAGGUCUCGCUGCUGGAAAAGCUCAAAGCUAACGGCUCGUCGACUGAGGUGCUCGCUACAUUGACGGACCAGGCAUUGGCAGAAGCUAGGAAGCUUGUGGGCUUGAUUGACUACCCAGCUCUUGCCGGUCCAGCUAUCGCAGGUCAAACACCACAAACUCUGGAAUCAUGGCGUGACAGGCUGCGGUUACGAUGGAACUUUGUGCGUAAAGAGGGAAAGCUUGAUCGCUUACACCGAGCUAUUGAAGAGCGCGUGCCCUGGCUCAUCCUGACUUAUCUCGAGAGCCACAUGAACAAACCCCUUGGAGCUGGAUUCAAGACAUUCUACGACAUGGAUGUCCCAGGCCAAUUCGAACCGCAGCUAGUAACUGCCCCUGCUACAAGUCAGGUAUCAUUGCCACCAUCUUACCACACUUUCGAAAACAAGAUGCCCCUCUGGAGAAACAGUUUUUACGGUCGGAGUGAUGAGCUACAUAUGUUACAGCAGAUGCUGGAGGCCUCUCUGAAACAGCCAAGGGCUGCCGUGAUAGGACUUCCUGGCAUAGGGAAGACGCGGCUGGUUUUCGAAUACGUUCGUACUGCUCAAGUUUUAUCUCGAGAGCCAUUCAUACUUCGAAUUUGUGCCACCAACGAGACACGACUUGGAGAGAGCCUCCAAGAGCUGGCGUUGACCCUGAAUCCAAUGCAUUCCCAGGACAGGCGGAAACCCAGCGUCACUUGCGUCCUUGAACGACUCAACGUAAAAUCGGGCAAUCCAUUGUUUUUGAUUGUGGACGACGUCCAAGAUGCCAAUAUCACCUACGAAGGGACCCGGUUGACAGACUUGUUACCAGAUAACCCCUCAAUCACAAUACUAUUCACAGCCCGUGAUAAACUUCAAGUCUCUGGCUUUGUUUCCAAAAACUGUACGAUCAGUCUGGGACCGCUGUCUCAAGCGGAAAGCCAGCAGAUGUUGCUCGAAGAUUCAACUGACUCUGAACCCGACCGCCAAGCCGCGGAACAACUGGCAGCCAGGUUGAAUAGUUGGCCCUUGACUAUCGCCCAAGCCAGGUCCUUCACGGAACAAAGCAGCAUCAGUCUUCCCGCAUAUCUCGAACUACUGGACGCUGAGCCCUACCGGCUGCUACAACACAAGAUCAGGGACGGACCCGAAGAGACUCGGCGAUCUCUUGUCCAAUCGCUACUCGAUCUUAGCCAUUCAAUCCACGAGGAGAACACCUUGGCCUACCAAGUCCUCAACUUAACUGCUUGCUUCGAUAAUACCAAGGUCCCUCGCGUUCUAUACUCAGCUGCCGGAAAAGGGGUGGAAAGAGUGGACUUGACCACCGCGGUAGGAGUCCUGCACCGACACGGUCUCAUUGACCGGUGCGAAGAUGAGGCUAUCAGCAUAAACAGUGUAGUACAUACCAUCGUGCGGCAUCGACUCGUCUUUACACCCGCCUUGCAGCAUUAUCUAGAACUAGCAAAGAACGCAGUCCUCGCAAUACUACCAGAGAGGCAGGCCCUUGAAGCUGCCAUCCAGCAAGCGAACCCCUGCACCCAACACGCCAUGUCCGUCCUCAAUAUCUACACAGCCCAUGCCCACCUCGCGCGCGACGACUCCCUAGCCGCCCUAUCCUCAAAGCUCAUCUGGCACCUCCAGUCCCAAGGCUCCUACUCCGAAGCCCUCACCUACUCGAAAACCGCACAAGCACUCCUCUCCACCACCUUCGGGACAGAACACCCCCUUACCAUAGCCGCUCGCUCCGACCUCGCGCGGAGCCUCUACCAAACCGGCCAGCUCCUCGAAGCCGAUCGCGAAAUGCAGGUCGUAGCCGCGGCCCAGCAGCGCGUACAGGGCCCGCACCACACCGCCACCAUCAGCGCCAUGAACCAGCUCGCGACCAUCAAGUGCGGGCUCCGUGACCAUGCCGAAGCAGAGCGUCUGUACGUCCAGGUCUGGAACGCGCAGCAGACGGUCCUUGGCGCGGGCCACGUGCACACGCUCGCGACGAGGCAGAACCUCGCUAUCGCGGUGCAGAGCCAGGGCCCGGCGCGGUACGUUGAGGCGGAAGCGCACUUCCGGGCCGUGCUGGCCGCGAAACGAGGCCAGCGGGGCGGGGGGCAUGAUAUGGAUAUAGAAACAGAAACAGACACAGAUCGAGAUACAGAAACUGAUACAGAGAUAGAAGACAGAGACAGAGACAGAGACUACUACACCACACUCUCCAACCUCGGCACCGUCCUCCUCCUCCAACGCCGCCUCGAAGCAGCCUGGCAGCACCACACCGUCGUCCUGUCCUGGCGGCGCGCCGCCCUGGGCCCGUCGCACCCAGAAACCAUCGGCAGUCUUACCAACACAGCGCGCAUACUGCAAGAGCUCGGAGGCCCCGCCAGCGCCAGCGCCAGCGUCUACCUAGCCGCGGCAGAAGCAAUAUGGCGCGAGGGGGUGGAGUGGUACGAGAGCGUGUUUGGACGCGAGCAUUACGAGACGUUGAAUGCGCAGAUGAAUCUGGCGACGGUGCUGCAUCGGAGGGGCAGGUGGGCGGAGGCGCUGGGGGUUGCAAGGGGGGUUUGUGCGGUGAGGAGGCGGAGGUUGGGGCCGAGGCAUGGGGAUACGGUGGCGGUUGGGCGGUGGGUUGGGGGGCUGGGGGAGUGGUUGGGUGGGGUGGGGGAUUGGGAGGGUGAGGAUGAUGGGGGAGAGGAUGAUGGGGGAGAUGCGAAAUGGGGAGAUGGGGAUCUUGUUGAGCUGUGUUCUUGA